AUGGCGCCUACCAAUCAACCAUUUACUUUGUGUUCAAUUCUUGAGAAAGAUAAGUUGAAUGGAACAAACUAUGCGGAUUGGAUCCGCAGCCUGAGAAUUGUUCUCAGGGCUGAGAAAAAGGAAGAUAUUCUAGACACCCCAUUACCUAUAGAGCCUACUGAUAAUGCACCUGCUACUGAGAAAAACGCUUACAAGAAGGCAUGUGAUGCUGAUCUUGAAACUCAAGCCAGGACUGAAAGAUUCAAUGUCUCAAAGGCUUUUGUUGAAACCAAGCUAGCAGAGGGCACAGCAGUAGGGCCACAUGUGAUCAAGAUGGUUGGUUACACUCAGAGGUUGGAGAAGCUGGGCUUCCCAAUUGGCCCAGAAUUGGCUACUGAUUUCAUUCUCGCGUCUCUUCCACCUAGCUAUGGGAACUUCAUCUCGAACUACCAUAUGCAUGGAGCGGAAAAGGGCUUGAAUGAAUUGUGUGGCAUGCUUAAAACUGCAAAGGCUGAUAUCAAGAAAGGUGCUGGCAGUAGCCAUGUGAUGGCGGUCCAAAAUAAGCCCCGAUUUAAAAAGAGGGGCAAUUCUUGGAAGAAGAAGAAGGGCAAGGCUAAAGGUGAGGCUAAAGGUGAGAACUCCAAGCCAAACCCACCUGCACCCAAGGCUGGACCAACUGCUGACACUGAAUGCUAUCAUUGUAAGGGGAAAGGUCACUGGAAGAGGAACUGCAAGCUGUACUUAGAAUCCAUGAAGGAUAGCGGAGGUCAUAUAAGUGAGAAUCGCAUGAAGAGGCUCCAUGCUGAUGGGCUUUUAACUUCGUUUGAUUUUGAGUCAUACGAGACAUGUGAGGCUUGUUUGCUAGGGAAGAUGACCAAGGCGCCUUUCACAGGAUAUUACUUUUACAACCGAUCAGAGGGCAAAGUGUUUGUUGCUCAGAACGGUAUUUUCUUAGAGAAAGAAUUUCUCAAAAGAGAGAAAAGUGGACAGAAGGUGUAUCUUGAAGAAGUUCAAGAUGAGCAAAUAGGGAAGGACUCUACGAGUGAUGCUAAUGUAGCAGAACAAGUUGAGAUACCCGUGGCAGUAGAGGCACCGCCACAACCAUGA